AUGCUGGAGGAAGAGGGGAAGUACCCUGCGCUUGAGCUGUUUCUUGCGGAGAUAUGGAUUGAAAAGGAGCUUCUUGAUAACGGGAUUGCUGAGCUUGGUGUGUCUCAGGUCGAGGCUGGAGCUGAGGCUGUUGAGGGCUUCCAGGCCGAUGCUGUGCAUUUUGGCUCGGAGGCGGAGAUUGCUGACGAGCAGGUUGCUGAGGCGCAGCCUGUUGAGGAUAUAUUUGCUGCACAUUUGUUCGCUGGGCUGGCGCUUGUUGAGAUUGUGGAGGUUGAGGCUGAGGUUGGAGCUGCUUGUAUUGCGACUGGUGGCGUUGAGGCUGCCUAUUUAGCGACUGAGCCUGAAGCGCCGGUUGUGGACUUGAUUGUGAUCGUGGUGAAGGCUGCAAGACUUGUAGUCUUGGAGAUUGCUGUUGCGACGGAACCAGAGGGGAGGGGUGCUGCAAUUGUUGCAUCUGAAUUUGAGGGGAUUGCUGCUGAAAUUGCGAUCUCGGAGAAGGAUGUUGCUGAUACUGUAGCCUCGGCGAUUGCUGUUGGACAUUUAAGCGAGGAGACUGUUGUUGAAAUUGCGGUCUCGGUGAUUGCUGGUGGUGUAGCUGAGGUCGAGGAGAUUGUUGUAUAUGCAGAUGUGGUGACUGCUGCUGAUGUUGCUGUAGAACUGCCUGAGAAUGUUGCAACAUCGGCGAUUGUUGAGGAAAGGCCGGGUAUUGAGGUUGUGCCAGCUGCUGAGGAUGAAUUAAAGGCGCGGGUUGUAGGGUUGGUUGUUGUUGGUGGUGGUGGUGGUGUUGUUGUUGUUGCUGCUGCUGUUGCUGCGACAGCGACAUCUGUGCCUGUGGGGGCAUCACUUGAGGAAAUUGCUGCCCAUACUGAUUCCAAGCCUGUUGCUGCAUCAUCCCCAUGGAAUAUCCGGUCGGUUUACCGUAGCCGUACGGUGACUGCGCAGGGGGCGUAA